AUGAGCCACCGAGCCCGCCCUCUGGAAUGCCACCGCCGCGGUGAUUUUCCUUCGUGGAUUGGGAGAUACUGGGCACGGGUGGGCAGAAGCCUUUGCAGGCCUGUUAUGCCUGUUACAUUAAAUAUGAACAUGGCUAUGCCUUCAUGGUUUGAUAUUAUUGGGCUUUCACCAGAUUCACAGGAGGAUGAAUCUGGGAUUAAACAGGCAGCAGAAAAUAUAAAAGCUUUGAUUGACCAAGAAGUGAAGAAUGGCAUUCUUUCUAACAGAAUUAUUUUGGGAGAAUUUUCUCAGGGAGGAGCUUUAUGUUUAUAUACUGCCCUUACCACGCAGCAAAAACUGGUGGGUGUCACUGCACUCAGUUGCUGGCUUCCACUUCAGGCUUCAUUUCCACAGGGUCCUAUUGGUGGCACUAAUAGAGAUAUUUCUAUUCUCCAGCGCCACAGGGAUUGUGACCCCUUAGUCCCCCUGAUGUUUGGUUCUCUGAUGGUUGAAAAACUAAAAACAUUGGUGAAUCCAGCCAAUGUGACCUUUAAAACCUAUGAAGUAUUAUUUUCUGGAAAAAAUCUUUUUCGUCCUGCUCUGGCCAAAGAACUUGGGCAAAAUGAGAACACAUAA